AUGUCGAGCGUCGACGAUGCAAUCAAGGCAGCGAUUCAAAGCGAACUCCAGGCGGUUGUCACUGAGAAGUUGAGCCAGCAGGAUGAACGCUUCAACGAGCUGAAGCAGGCGUUCGAGGAGCUUUCUGGUCGCGUGGAGGAGCGGGGACGAGAGACUCAGCAGCUUCGGGAGGACGUCGACAGGCAAAAGUCUGAUGCAGAAGCGCUAGAUGCCCGCGUGAAGUCCGACCUCGAAGCUGCCAUCAAAGAAGUCAAGGACCGGUUGGACCGGCACGAGAGCGACGAGGAAGGCCUGGGAGGCCUGACCCAGCUCCGGAGCAAGGUGGAUGGCUUUGCGGAGGAAUUGACCAAAGUGCUCGCCAAGAUGGAAGAGCAUGGCAGAACAGUGGCUUCGUCCAAGACGCGUACUGACUCGUGUGAGGAAGCCUUGCGUGAUGUGGCAAGGAAAUGUGAAGAUGCUGCGUCCACAGUAGAGAAGAAUCAGGUGACACUGCAACAAGUUGAGGAAAUCAGCAUGGGCGUGCGGGAGCGCCAGCAGGUGGUGGAAGACUCGGUGGUGAAGAAAUACGACUCGCUCUGGAAGGACGUGUUGAAAGCUAUGGAAGAACUCAAGGUCAACCAGGAGCAGCUCAUGAUGGAGGACAUGAAGCGUCGGCAACAAGAUGCCAGGCGAGAAGGCCGUUCUCAUGUCAAAUAUGUGACGCAACUGGUGGCGACAGUUCAUGAUGAGCGGCGUAAGCUCGCCCUCACCAAAGAUCUGUUGACGGUUUGGCAGCAGCACACUUGGACAAGUGUUCGCAGGAGAACGGGCAUCCAAUGGCUCUGCAACUCGCUGGCCAGCGUCGCGAAGCGACGCCAGCACCAGUUUCUGAACCGAUGGGUUCGGCACGCAUCGAUCGAGACCCUGGUCCGGCAGCUACGAGAGGAAUAUGCCGCGCUUAUCCCGGACGUCCAGAAGGCCAUCAAGGACUCAGGGCUUCCAGAUCGCUGCAACUCCUUGGAGCAGAUCGUGGAGAUCCUGAGGAAGGACUUGAAUGCCUUGUCGGAGACCGUGAAGGAGCAUUCGACGUCGCUUGAAGGCAACGCUUCAUGGGUAGAGAAGACGGGGAUCAUCAUCAUCAAGCUCACGCAACGGUUGGAUGAGGUUGAGACCAAAGCUGCUGAUGUACUGGCUUCCAGUGGCGGUCGUCUGGAUGAGGUGGAGGCCCGUGUGGAGUCCUGCGAGAAGCAAGUUGGCGACCUCUCCGAGGCACAGAAGGCCCUCGCUCUGGCAAAGGAUGUGCAGUCGAUAAUGCGCGACGUCCUCUUGAUCUGGAAUUCCAUCAAGCAUCUCGAUGCUGCCAAAGCUGACAAGAAGGACAUGGACACAGUUGCGCUGGAAACGAGCAAAAGAGACAGGCAGUCCACGCGCAGGAUCGAGGACAUGCAGUCGCAGAUCACGGACCAACUUAGAGAGGAGACCUUGCGAGUGCAAGAGAAGUGUGCGCAACUGGACGUGAAGGUCGAUGAGUCGACAAGGCAGUUUCUACAUUGGGAGCAGAUGUGGGAACGACUGGCUGCCUACGUCGAGGAGCUGGUGAAGCAGGUUGGCGACAUGCAAGACGGCAGGAGCAACUGCCCGGGCUGCCGUCCUCCAAGCGGGCGCAGGCCCCGGCCAGCGAGUGCAACCUUUCCUCGCGAGAGCUCUGAGAGGAACUUGCAUGAGUCUGAGAAUGGUCUGAUGUAUGUGAACAGCGAAGCCCGCAUCAGGGCCCCAGAUGUGAAUCCUGAUGCUCCUCCGCCGAUCGACACCAAAACGGGUCGAAGUCCUGUCCUUUCGCGCCCGCGUUUGAGGAUGUUCAUGGACUCGACGAGGCCUGUGCUGGGCUGA